AUGAAGACUAGAAAAAUAUUUGCAAUACUUGGAGCGGGCUUAAUAUUGGCCUGCUGUGUUAUGAUGUAUUUAAUGAUGGAUCUAGCACUAUUUCCACCUGGACAAGGAGCCAAACUUUCUGUCAAUGAUAAUCAGUGGUUACAUUUUGAAAACAGACUUGCUAAGCUAGAAAAAGACUUCAAUAAACAUCAUGAGGUCAUGAAUGCUUUGAGAGAAGUUGCAGAAGCCAAAAACUUUGUCCCUGUGGUUCAUUCCAUAAAUCGUCAUAAUCAAUCUGUAUCCUCCAGUUCUUUACACUCAGGAAAAGUACUUACGUGUAACUUCACCAUAGAAAAAGUACCAGAAGUAGACAUACAAAUGUUAGAAAUGUAUAGGCAAUUAGAGUUUAAUAAUAUAGACGGAGGAGUCUGGAAGCAAGGAUGGGAUAUUACAUACGAUGAUAAGCAAUGGCAUCCAAACAGAAAGCUAAAAGUUUUUGUAGUCCCACAUUCGCAUAACGAUCCUGGAUGGCUCAGCACUUUUGAGAAAUAUUAUGCGUUUCAAACUAGAAGUAUUUUGAAUAAUAUGGUACCGAAAUUGGUGGAGGAUAGUAGACGUAAAUUCAUUUGGGCAGAAAUAUCGUUUUUCCAACUGUGGUGGGAAGAUCAGUCGGAAACAACGCGUACGUUGGUCCGACGUUUAAUUCACGAUGGCCAGUUAGAAAUUGUAUCGGGAGGAUGGGUCAUGCCAGAUGAAUCUGUGUCCCAUUGGAUGGCUCAGCUUACACAACUAACCGAAGGUCAUCAGUGGUUAAAAUACAACUUAGAUUAUACACCAAACUCGGGCUGGGCCAUCGAUCCGUUCGGUCUUUCGCCGACUAUGCCGUAUCUUUUGAAAAAUGCUGGACUACAAAAUGUAUUGAUACAGAGGGUGCAUUACUCGGUUAAAAAACGAUUAGCCAAGGAGAAACAUUUGGAAUUCCGCUGGAGACAGUUAUGGGACAAUGAUGGAUCAACGGAAAUCUUUACACACGUUAUGCCAUUUUAUAGUUACGAUGUACCGCAUACUUGCGGCCCGGAUCCAAAAGUAUGCUGUCAAUUUGACUUCUUUCGGCUUCAAAGCUCUGGACUGACUUGUCCGUGGAAAGUAGCUCCACGUGCUAUAACUGACGGGAACGUUGCAGAAAGAGCUGCCCUUUUGCUGGAUCAAUACCGAAAGAAAGCUCAACUGUUUAAGACUGACGUGGUAUUAGCACCGUUAGGGGAUGAUUUUAGAUAUACUUAUUUUGCCGAGUGGGAUGCUCAGUAUACCAACUAUCGCAAACUUUUCGAUUAUAUGAACCGGAACAAACAAAUGAAUGUACAAAUUCAAUUUGGAACGUUAACCGAUUACUUUGAUGCAGUUAGAGAGAAGCAUAAUUUGAACGAGUUUCCAACUUUGUCAGGAGACUUUUUCACCUAUUCCGAUAGGGAUGAUCACUAUUGGAGUGGAUAUUACACAUCUAGGCCUUUUCACAAACGAUUAGAUCGAUUUCAACAUCACGAUGGUAUCACUGGAACUGCUAAGGAUGAAGUGGUCGUGGAUUACGCAAAGAAGAUGAUAAUAGCUUUAAACAAUUCUGCUCAUGUGCUUCAGCAAUCUGUGGUGCAUCUAUUGAAAACUUCUCAGAAAACAAUAGAUGUGGAUGCUGUAUAUAUAACACUCGAUGAAUCUAGGUUGCGUCAUACCAGCGCCGGAGACAAACAUGUACUUACAUUGAGAGAUGAAUAUCCUCAGAAGAAAGUCAUUCUGUAUAAUUCUAUUCCAAGGCAGAGGACAAAAGUACAAACGUUAAUUGUCUCGACACCGUAUGUUAAAGUUACCGAUCGCAUGGGUCAACCUAUUCAAUGCCAGAUCUCUCCAAUUUGGAUCGGUCCUGCUGCGUUAACUGCUGCUAGAUACGAGUUAUCCUUCUUAAUAACUGUACCUGGAUUUGGCAUUACUACCUAUAUAAUUCACACGCUACCAAAGACAUCGUUUCCAUCGGAAGUGCACCUCGCCAACGUAACUGUUUAUAAUACGGAUAUCAAUCUUCUGAAAAUACCAGCUUUCGAUCAAAUUCAAGUAGUACCGAAUGCCCAAGAAUUCUCGAUUACUCAACGACCAGAUUUAUCGGCAUCUUUCGGGAAAUCUGGCCUUUUGAAAGCUUUGAGGGUCGGCAAUACAACGUUCCCCGCUCAUUUAGAGUUCGUCAAGUACGGUACUAGAAAGGGUUCCGGUAAAGAUAAAAGCGGAGCUUAUUUAUUUUUACCUGAAAAGCCAGAACCAGACUUGGUAUUCAUGGACAACAAGUGUAUCGUACACUUAAUAACCGGACCCAUCGUCUCGAAAGUAUUUGUUGAAUUAGCCCACGUACGUCACACUUGUAUAUUGUACAAUUCUCCUGGUUGCGAUGGGCUUGGACUACACAUAUUCAACGAGGUUGAUAUAUCGGAGACACAAAAUUACGAGUUAGCUAUGAGAUUGAGUACAGAUAUAACUUCGGGUGAUCAAUUCUUCACAGAUUUAAAUGGACUCAAUAUGAUAAAGCGCCAAAGAUUUCCGAAGCUUCCUACUCAAGGAAAUUAUUAUCCAAUGGCAUCCAGUGCAUAUAUAGAGGAUAAAAGAGUUCGAUUAACAGUGGUAACAGCACAACCAUUAGGUGUAAGUUCCAUGGCAUCGGGACAAAUUGAAAUUAUGCAAGACCGAAGAUUACAACAAGAUGAUAACAGGGGAUUGGGUCAGGGUGUGACUGACAAUCUAUUAACAAAUCAUUGGUUUAUGUUUGUCCUUGAAAAAAGAAGAUCACCCUGUCCAUCUCCAUCACCGUCAACUAAUCAUCCAGCAGGAUUACUAUCGCUGUACGGUCAUCUAGCUUCAGAAGAGCUGUUACAUCCGAUCAUCGCGAUGCAUCGUCCUAACGUUUUACCUUUUGACUUGAACGCGUACUUCUCACCGCUUCGUCACGAUCUUCCUGUAGAUUUAAGUGUCGUUAGUUUUAGAGUGUUCCCUAUACCGGAUGGAGCCGGUAAAGGGAUUGGAAUGGUUCUACACAAAGCCGCGUUAGAUAUGUGCUGGAACGACAACUCAUAUCAACGCUACUUCAACGUCUCUGAAUCUGGAGAAAUUGAUUUAACGAAGUUCUUCAAUUAUAUAGACGACUGGAUCAUUAGCAAAGCUCCUCUUACAUUCCAUAACGUAGGACCAUCAUUGAAAUCUCCAAUCGUUAAUUUAUGCCCGCACCAAAUAUUAUCGAUUUUGUUUCACAAAACACAAUCGUAAGUUAAA